GGUGUUGUUUUGCUUUCAGCAUGCUUACUUGCAUGAUGCUCCCAGCCAUGGGUGGGCCUCCUGCGGCGCCCCAUGCACUGCACAAGACCUGCACUGGUGGAGCCGGUAGGAUAUGGCACUCGGCGGAGCUGCGUUUUGCAUGUUGCUCGAUGGCCAUUGCAGGAGCUGGAGCUAGAGCUAUCCAAGCUGCAUACAGACGCCGCAGCCAAGGAAAGCGACAGGUGCGGCAUGCAGGCCGCAUUGUGGUUCUGGACAACUUGCAAGCUGUGCAAUUUCCAGCCGAAGAGGAUGAUUUGCUUAGCCUGGGGCCACCAACGCUUUGCUCGGCAGAUACUGAUGUUCAGCGCUUUAAGCUCUGUCGUGCAAUCAUGAAAGCUCGUGAUCGUUUGGCAAUGUUAGCAGUGGUAGCCUCCAAUUUCAAAGAGACAGCCGUGAUCACGGCAAGAAUUUGCCUGAUUAUCGAAGAAUUGCGCAGUGGUCGUCCAUUUAGAACUAGAAGUGAUUUGGACCUAGCAAGUGGCCGCCUUGUGAUGAUGGCUUUGCUUGGUUUGAGUACCUCGCCAAAUAGAUUUGGUUUGCUUCAGCACGAUGCUGCUCAUCAUUUGGCGCUUUGUGGCGGCCCUGACGUAGCUCUGCAGACUCCUGUGACACCCGAUGUUCCAAUUUCUCCCAUAGUUUCAUGCUAGGACUCACGAAUAGUUCUUUGAGUCCAGUUCUGCAGUUCGAUUCUGGCAGAUGUCUAAGCACCUAGGCAGAUGUCAUUGCACAGAAUCUUGCAUGACCUUUGCUUUUUGUUUUUUUUGAUCACCCAUUAAUUGCCAGCCGGGGGUUCAAAACUUCCCAUGGUGCACCCUUGGUUUCCUGGCACGUGACACUCGAGAUCGCCCAAAAGGGGCAUUUAGUUCUUUGAUGUUUGAACUCUUCGGUGGAGAAUUUUGCUUUUGGCACUGACACGCGCCACUAUAGUGUCGCCC